UUGGAACGAACGGAACUCGGCAAUACGCGGUACACUCCGGCGCUUUAUCACUAAAAAAAACCAAAACAUUCUAAACGCGAACGCAGCUGUGGAUUCAGAUACAAUUCAGAUAAUUUCGUUUACCCAUUUGCGUGUGACACUCGCCUUGGGCCAAGUUUGAGUUACUUCCAAGUUUGCAUUAUUGUAAUUAGCCUGUCGUUCGACUACGAAACGAAACGAAUAUAAGAUAUAAAACGCAGAAUAAUUGCGGUGGAAAUAAUGUGCGCGGCUAAAAGCGCUAACGUAACGGCUAAAUAAUAGUAGAAAGUUUUUUUUAUUGUUAUCUCUUCUUCUGAGCCGCAGCUGCCAAAAACUAAAUAACCAAAGCAAAAGCUCGAAAUUUUGCGUGUGAACAGAAAAGAAAUCCGUUUCGGCCCCAUCUCUCCAAAUUUAUGUGUUUGUGUGCAUAGCUUACAAAAUUGGCAACGUUUAGCGGCCGCUCCGUCCAUAAACCCAAAUAAAUAAGAUACUCCGCAGCCAAAACACAAACAAACCAAAAAACAGCAGCAAAAUGUCCGGCCCACUGCCCGAAAUCAGCGAAGAACAACGUGCGAUAUUGGAGCAGUUCCGCAAACAAAUGGACGAUGCUCUGGUGGGAACCCACGAUGAUUACUUCUUGGUCCGCUGGUUGAGAGCUCGAAAGUGGAAUCUGGAGGCGGCGGAGAAAAUGCUGAGAGCUAGCUUGAAAACCCGCGCCAUGUGGAAUGUAGACAACAUCGAAAAGUGGGAUCCACCCAAGGCUCUGCAGGAAUAUUUGCCUUACGGUCUGAUGGGCUACGACAAUGAAGGAUCCCCAGUGCUGGUCUGUCCCUUCGCCAACUUCGACAUGUGGGGCAUGAUGCACUGCGUCACGCGGUUCGAGUUUCAGAAGUACCUGGUCCUGCUGCUCGAGCGCUUCAUGAAGAUUGCCUACGAUCAGAGCCAGAAGCACGGAUGGCGUGCACGCCAGCUGGUAGUGUUUUUCGACAUGCAAGACGUCAAUCUGAAGCAGUACGCCUGGCGACCGGCGGCGGAGUGCGUGAUCUCCACGGUGAAACAGUACGAGGCCAACUUCCCGGAGCUGCUCAAGAUGUGCUACAUCAUCAACGCGCCCAAGCUCUUCUCGGUGGCCUUCAACAUCGUGAAGAAGUUCCUGGACGAGAACACCACCAGCAAGAUUGUGAUCUACAAGUCGGGAGUGGACCGCUGGCAGCAGCAGCUCUUCUCGCACGUAAAUCGCAAGGCCUUCCCGAAGGCCUGGGGCGGCGAGAUGGUGGACCACAACGGGGAUCCCCAGUGCAAGGCCCUGAUGGUCUGGGGCGGCAAGCUGCCCGAGGAGCUGUACAUCGACCAGAGCAGCCAGCAGAGCGACAGGGACUUCGUGGAGACCCAGGUGGCCAAGGGCGACAAGCUGAAGCUGAACUUCAAGGUCAACGCGGAGGAGCAGAGGAUCCUCUCGUGGGAGUUCCGCACCUUCGACUACGACAUCAAGUUCGGCAUCUACAGCGUGGACGACAAGACGGGCGAGAAGCGAAGCGAGGUGCCGCUGGGCACAGUGUACUCCAACGAGAUGGACGAGAUCGGUUACAUCUCCACGCGACCGCACACCACUUACACUGUCGUCUUCGACAACUCCGCCAGCUAUCUGCGCAGCAAGAAGCUCCGCUACUGGGUGGAUCUCAUCUCCGAGGAGGAGGAGGGCAUCUCCGAACUGACCAGCCAAAUGGACAACACUCAGAUUGCGACUCCGCAGUGAACGGAUUCGGUUCACCGCGUGAAUAGCAACCACCAAGCCAAAAAAAUGGGAGUAGAUAGAACAUGUAGAUAGACGACAACACAAACUAACCUCGGUGCAAUACAGUCACAAAGCAUUCCGCCAGACCUCCGCUGCCAUCUGCUCCUCGGAGUCCAGAUGGGAGCGCCUCUGGCGAACCUGCAAUCGAACCAUGUGAUAGAAACAAAUUAGCAAAGGAACGCAAAGUAUGACUCACACCUACAUUUAAAGUUAGUCUUUUUAUUACAUACCUAGCCGCAGUUUUAGUUAACAAUUUAUUAUCUUGGAUGUGUAAUCUGUGUUUUCACGCCCAUCUUUUCAGGGAGUACAGCACAAUAAAUGUAUAUAGCACCUGAUCUUUA